GUAAUUCUGGAAGCUAUGGAUAUACUCUUCAGAAUAAGAGGAGGCUUGGAUCUUGCAUUUCAGCUGGCAACUACUGAUGAGGCAUCAACAAAAAAGGCAUUAGGAUAUGUUUUCAGUGAUCUUGCAACCAAACUGUCCUCAGAGGUUCUUGUAUUAAGAAUUUGCCACAGUUCAGUCUAUGUGUGGCCUAACAAUGGUAUGACCACUGUUCCAGAGCUGACUGAUGAGUCUGCAUGUAAGGAGAUAAUACGAUAUAUUCAAUUUGAUCAAGAUGAUGAGACCAAACGAAAGCUUGGCAAAAAAAAGGACAAAAAGUUGCAAGAUACGCAGCAGAUCGUCAAUGUAGACCUCAUGUUGGAAAUGACAUCUUCAUUAGCUGCUUUCGCUCCAGUCAUUGAAAGGGAAAAGAAGGAACACCACUACAUCAAUAUGACAUUACCAGUUGAUGUUGUUUUAUCUGUUUCUCCAGAAGAAACAUGGGGAAAGGUACAAAAUCUCCUGGUGAAAGCAAUUCAUGAGCAAUUAACUGAUAUGGAAAGGUGUAUCAUGAAAUAUGCAAAAGGAACAUCAAUUGUGGUACCAGAACAAUUUCACUUCAUGUUACCAGGAAAAAAUCAGCUUGUAACAAUCUCGUAUCCUACAGGUGUUUCAGAUGAUCAACUAGAAAGUUACAGGAAGGAGUUGCAUGGGUUAUACAAUCUGCCUUGUGACAGACCAUAUUUCAAGAGAGCAAAUGCUUAUCAUUUUCCAGAUGAACCAUAUAAAGAUGGAUAUCUCAGAAAUCCACACUUACAUCUUAAUUCACCUGGUAUGGAGUCUGGUAUGGUUUAUUUAGUACAAGGUGUAUAUAGUUACCACCACUAUAUGCAGGAUCGGAUUGACGACAGUGGUUGGGGCUGUGCCUAUCGGUCUUUGCAGACAAUCUGUUCUUGGUUCAAGCACCAAGGCUACAUGGAUAGACCUAUACCCACACACAAGGAAAUUCAACAGGCACUGGUUGAUGCUGGAGACAAGCCUGCAGCAUUUGUUGGGUCACGGCAGUGGAUUGGUUCCAUUGAAGUUCAGCUCGUUUUGAAUCAGCUUUUCGGAAUUACAUCCAAAAUAUUAUUUGUCAGCCAGGGUUCUGAACUAGCCUUGCAGGGAAGAGAGCUUGCUAAUCAUUUCAAGACUGAAGGAACUCCAAUUAUGAUUGGUGGAGGUGUUUUGGCUCACACAAUAUUAGGAGUGGCUUGGAAUGAGAUUACAGGGCACAUAAAAUAUUUGAUUCUAGACCCACACUACACUGGAGGAGAAGAUCUGCAUGUUAUUUUGGAAAAGGUGAGGCUCGAUGCACAUGCAUAUAUAUACACACAGAUUUUUUAAUAUACAUGUGUUUUGGCAUUAAACAAAUAAUGUACAGCCAAAUUCAAAUUGGCCAUUCUAUGGCUUCUCCAUUCCUGUUGGGGGAAGUGCUGAUCCCAGUUAACCUGCAUACCACUGUGUGCCACUUAUUGGCAGUUUCUGAAACUUAGUGUCUUUGGAGGAGAUGAAUCAGAUCAGCAGCUGCA